GCUAUUUCUGACCCUUCCAGUCCUUCCUCAGGUACGCUCUCGCUUCUUUUCUGGUCCAUAAAAGCAAACACCUUUCCAUUCCCAUCCCCUCCCCCGCGUCCAACCAUGGCGCUCUCCCUCUCCGAUCUCUCCUUCGCCCCCUCCAAGCCAUCGCUCGGGGGAUUCGGUCCCGAUCUCUCCCGCUGCCGCUACCUCCGCCCUUCCUUCCUCGACCACCGCCUCCCUGCCGACCCGUCCCUCUCGCUCCGCCACUCCAAGAAGAGGAAGAGCCCGAGGAGAAACGGAGACUGCUCGGCUGGCGGCGUUGGUGGAUUCGCGAACGUUAUCACGGCGUCGGCGGACUACUACUCGACUCUCGGAGUUCCCCGGUCCGCUAACAACAAGGAGAUCAAGGCCGCCUACCGAAGAUUAGCUCGCCAGUAUCACCCUGAUGUCAAUAAACAACCUGGAGCAACAGAAAAGUUCAAGGAGAUAAGCACUGCAUAUGAGGUGCUGUCAGAUGAUAAAAAGAGGGCAUUAUAUGAUCAGUAUGGUGAAGCUGGAGUUAAGAGUUCGGUUGGAGGUUCAGCUGGAGCAUAUACGACUAAUCCUUUUGACCUAUUUGAGACUUUCUUUGGUGCGAGCAUGGGUGGUUUCUCUGGCAUGGACCAGAGUACAUUUAGAACACGCAGACGCGGUGCUGCUGUCAAGGGUGAAGAUAUAAGAUAUGACGUAGUUUUGAAGUUUUCAGAGGCUAUUUUUGGCACAGAAAAGGAUAUUGUGUUGUCUCAUUUGGAGACUUGUGAUGUCUGUGCUGGCACUGGAUCAAAGAUUGGCUCCAAGAUGAGAAUAUGCUCAACUUGCGGUGGACGAGGUCAAGUCAUGCGAACUGAGCAAACACCUUUUGGAUUAUUUUCCCAGGUUUCCAUUUGUCCCACCUGUGGUGGAGAGGGUGAAAUCAUUUCUGAGUAUUGCCGAAAGUGUGCUGGGGAAGGGCGUAUACGUGUUGGAAAAGAUAUUAAAGUGAAAAUACCUCCUGGAGUUAGCAAAGGUAGUACUCUUCGUGUACGUGGUGAAGGUGAUGCCGGACCCAAAGGGGGUCCUCCUGGAGAUCUUUAUGUAUUACUUGAUGUGGAAGAGGUGCCAGAAAUACAAAGGGACGGCAUCAAUUUACGUUCAACUGUCUCAAUAAAUUAUAUUGAAGCCAUUUUGGGGGCUACUGUUAAGGUGAAAACAGUUGAUGGAAUUACUGAACUUCAAAUACCUCCUGGUACUCAACCUGGUGACAUGGUUGUUCUAGCUAAACGAGGUGUCCCUAAGUUAAACAAGCCAUCGAUACGUGGUGACCAUUUGUUUGCUAUUAAGGUCACUAUACCAAAUCAUAUCAGUGGACGGGAGCGUGAGUUGCUUGAAGAACUUGCAUCUUUGAGUGAUACUUCUCUCAGCCGUACACGUCCCAGUGCUAAAACCAAAUCGCAGAUAAAAAGAACGGAUAGCCAACAAAGUGUGGAGGCAGAAGAUUGGGAUCAAUCUGGUGGGCAAAAUGACUUUUGGCAGAAACUAAAAGAUUUUGCAGGGUCAGUUGCUAAUGGAGCACUAAAGUGGCUGAAAGACAACCUUUAGUUCAAAUGCAGUUUCUUACAGAUUUUAGAUGAUGAUGCCAUCUCCGUCCGGUAUGUAGAUGAGUCCAUGGUCCGUGUUCUCCUAUUCUUUUUUUCUGGAAAUUGCCCGAAGUUGUCACGGCCGUUGCUGCAACAAGCCAACACAUGGGAGGAUAAUAUUCAAGAAAUGAUGGAUGAGAGACUUCUUGUGACAUUCUUUUAACUUUUAUUUAUUUUCCCUUUCUGUAGAGUUAACAAUUAGCAACUGCAAUUCUUUGCACAAGUGUAAUGUUUUUUGUAUUCUUAUCGUCCUGUGAGGACAAGCUAAAAUAGUUCAGGGCACCGUGUGUUAUUUUCCAUCAGCGCCGCCCAUUGUUCUUUGCAGAUUUUGCAGGCUUGUAUCUUCAGAGUCUGAGUAAUCCGGUGACUGAAGCACCAAUGUUUGUUCACUUGUUUGAUGGGCAAUAUAUGAUAAACUCAACAUUCCAGUUAUUU